AUAAGAACCAUCUAUCAUACGAUAAAUAUUAUUUCUUGAUCACUUUUCACGAUCCAUUUCACUAAUAAACACUACAAUUAACAAACCAUAACAUCUUCGAUUACGAAAACAACCUAAAGAUUACGACCCACUUCUUUUCACACAUCGUUUCUUCUCUGCAUAUUUCUCCAUCUUUGCGGCUGCUCCACCGCCGCUAUCUCAGGUACUGAAGAACUCUAAAUGGCAACAUGUAUACCAGCGUCAUUGAUUCCGAUAGAUGCUCGGAGUUCGAUGGGGGUAUUGACUGUUUUUGGUGGGAGAGUAAGAUCCUUAAAGAUAAAUCGUGGGUUUUCGAAUUCAAGCUACAAGAUUGCUUAUAAACCUCAAAUUAAAUGCAUGGCGAAUUCACACAACAUCAAUCAGUUUAACAACAAAGAUCAGAUUUUCAAGCUCCACCCUGAAGUCUCAACAAUUAAUCCCAAUGUUACUGAGAUUUUGAGAGAUUUACCGAGUUCUGAUGAUUAUAACGGGGCUAAGAUUAAAGUAAUCGGUGUUGGAGGAGGUGGGUCGAAUGCUGUUAAUCGCAUGAUCGAGAGUGCGAUGACGGGUGUUGAGUUUUGGAUUGUAAAUACAGAUGUUCAAGCCUUGAGGUUGUCCCCUGUUUUCCCUGAACAACGAUUGCAAAUCGGGGAAGAGUUGACCCGUGGGCUUGGUGCUGGUGGUAACCCGGAUGUCGGUAUGAAUGCCGCAAAAGAAAGCAGAGAAUCUAUCGAAGAAGCUGUUUAUGGUUCGGAUAUGGUUUUCGUGACCGCGGGAAUGGGUGGCGGAACAGGUACAGGUGGGGCCCCUGUAAUCGCAGGGGUUGCAAAGUCAAUGGGCAUAUUGACCGUUGGUAUUGUGACAACUCCGUUCUCAUUUGAGGGACGAAGAAGAGCAGUUCAAGCACAAGAAGGAAUUGCGUCUUUAAGGGAAAAUGUUGACACUCUUAUUGUAAUUCCAAAUGACAAAUUAUUAACUGCGGUUUCUCCAUCUACCCCUGUAACCGAAGCUUUUAAUCUGGCUGAUGACAUCCUUAGACAAGGUGUUCGUGGUAUCUCAGACAUAAUCACGAUACCGGGAUUGGUUAAUGUUGAUUUUGCUGAUGUACGAGCGAUUAUGGAAAAUGCAGGGUCGUCAUUAAUGGGGAUAGGAACUGCAACAGGGAAGACAAGGGCACGUGAUGCUGCAUUGAAUGCGAUUCAAUCACCUUUGCUAGAUAUUGGUAUCGAGAGGGCUACAGGGAUUGUGUGGAAUAUAACCGGUGGUAGUGAUUUGACAUUGUUUGAGGUGAAUGCUGCAGCCGAGGUCAUAUAUGAUCUUGUGGAUCCAAGCGCAAACUUGAUCUUUGGAGCGGUCAUCGACCCAUCAAUAAGUGGUCAAGUUAGCAUAACUCUUAUAGCAACCGGAUUCAAACGACAAGAAGAAAGUGACGGGCGGACCCCCCAGGUAUCACUUCAAGCUCCAAGUAAAUGGCAGAAUUCUGAUUUGUAGGAAACUUAAGGGCAGGGUGGUCAAGCAGACGUGGUUGGAAUGAAUCGACGGUCUCCAGCCUUCACAGAAGGUGGCUCGGUUGAAAUCCCAGAGUUUUUAAGGAAGAAAGGGCGGUCGCGCUACCCUCGAGCAUAAUGUGGUCGUUUAACCUUUUUGCCCUUAUGAUAUACUAAGUAUGGUUUUGUAGGUAGAAGAUUGUUGCCAUUAUAUGCAACAAUUGUUUUACCAAUAAAAGGUUCAUAGUAGAUGGUAACUAUAUUACUUGUAGCCAAGAUUGUUUAAAUUAGAGGUUUAGAGUUAUUAUUACUUGUAUAAUAAUUAUAGUUGGUUGCUUGGUGUGCAAGAAUGGAAAGAGUCCUUGAUUUUUACACUUUUACUGACUGUUACAUGUAAAAUCCUUUUAUUUAGUUUUAUUUUAUUAGUAAA